GAAAAGAUGCUGACUAUUUCGCUGAUAUGGGGAGUAGUUGAGGCUGUGUGCUGCUUCUUCUGGCUUAUUGUUGGCAUUAGAAGACGACAACCCGGAGAGCCGCCUCUGGAAAACGGCUUAAUUCCCUACCUUGGAUGUGCCUUGCAGUUUGGUGCCAACCCUCUAGAGUUUCUCCGAUCGCGGCAGAAAAAAUAUGGAGAUGUCUUCACCUGUAAAAUUGCUGGAAAAUUUGUGCACUUUGUGACUGACCCAUUUUCGUUUGAUGUAGUAAUGCAUCAUGGGCGUCACUUCGAUUGGCAGAAGUUCCUCUAUUCCACAUCUGCCAAGUUAGGCUACUUCCACACUAGCGACAGCAUCAUCAAGGAAUCAAUGAGGCUAUCCAGUGCAUCAAUAAACAUCAGAGUGGCCAAGGAGAAUUUUACCUUACAACUUGAAGAAAAGGGGGUAUACGGCAUCCGUAAAGAUGACAUUGUCGCCCUCUACCCGCAGACCGUUCAUUGGGAUCCUGAAGUUUAUGAGGACCCCAUGGUAUUCAAAUAUGAUCGUUUCCUAGAUGAGAAUGGCAAAGGGAAGACAGAUUUUUACCUCAAAGGAAAGAAAUUAAAGUAUUACUACUUGCCGUUUGGGUCUGGGAGAACCAAAUGCCCUGGACGUCAAUUUGCCGUGCUUGAGAUCAAACAGUUACUGACUCUCCUGAUUUCUUACUUUGAUAUGGAACUUGCAGAUAAAAAUGCUAAAUGCCCACCCCUAGAUCAGUCCCGUGCAGGCCUAGGCAUUUUACCGCCCACAAAUGAUGUUGAUUUCCGAUUUAGACUGAAGGCUCACUAA